GGGCUGCUGGUGAGUUCUGAGGGGUUCCUGAGGAUUGGUAGGGUGGAAGGGGCUACAGCGAUAGGGUGCCGAGAGACCCACAUUGGCUACAGAUCCAGGUUUUCCUAAACCAUGAGAAUUGGUUCCCUUUCACUCCUCAGGCCUGGUGGAAAGACGCUGAAGCUUAAGUAAAGUGACUUGGUUGACUACAGUAAAUUUCCCUCUUUGUCUCAGGUUCAGUGUAAUCAUGGCUCGUGGUCCCAAGAAGCAUCUGAAGCGUGUAGCAGCUCCAAAGCACUGGAUGCUGGAUAAGUUAACAGGAGUUUUUGCUCCAAGACCAUCUACAGGUCCCCACAAGCUGAGAGAGUGUCUCCCACUUAUCAUCUUCCUGAGAAAUAGACUCAAGUAUGCCUUGACUGGAGAUGAAGUAAAGAAGAUCUGCAUGCAACGAUUCAUCAAGAUCGAUGGCAAGGUCCGCACUGAUAUUACAUACCCUGCUGGCUUUAUGGAUGUCAUUAGCAUUGAGAAGACAGGAGAGCAUUUCCGUCUGGUGUAUGACACCAAGGGACGCUUUGCUGUUCAUCGUAUCACAGCUGAAGAGGCUAAGUAUAAAUUGUGCAAAGUGAGAAAAAUAUUUGUGGGUACAAAAGGCAUUCCCCAUCUGGUGACCCAUGAUGCCCGCACUAUCCGUUACCCAGAUCCUCUCAUCAAAGUGAAUGAUACUGUUCAGAUUGAUUUAGAAGCUGGCAAGAUCACUGAUUUCAUCAAGUUUGAUACUGGUAACCUUUGUAUGGUGACUGGUGGAGCUAACUUGGGUCGAAUUGGUGUGAUCACAAACAGGGAGAAACAUCCUGGGUCUUUUGAUGUUGUUCAUGUAAAAGAUGCCAAUGGCAAUAGUUUUGCCACGAGGCUCUCAAACAUUUUUGUUAUCGGCAAAGGUAAUAAACCUUGGAUCUCCCUUCCACGAGGAAAGGGUAUCCGCCUCACAAUUGCUGAAGAAAGAGACAAGAGAUUGGCAGCUAAACAGAGUAGUGGCUAAAUGAUUGCAGAUAAGGAUUUGUAGGGUUUCAAUCAAGUUGAGAUUAGAAUACAAUUUUUAAAAUGAUUACCCUAUAAAAAUAUAAAAUACAGAAGCAAAACAAGAGAUAGCUUUAAAUACCUCAGUCUUCUGAAGUGAAAUUGAAUAAUCCAUAAAUGCCUUUCUCUUCUUUCCUUGGAUUUAGGGUAUAAUGGGCAUGAAUGUUGUAUAAAUUUAAAGAUACAGCUGUAUGAGUUUUGCUAAACUGCUUGUCUUUGUUAUGUGAGAAGGCUCACUGGUUGGAGGAUGGGGAGAGGACAUAUCAAAAAAGACUGAUGUGAAAAUAAAAGCUGUCAAUAAAACUGCUUUUAAAAAAA